AUGUCGAUGUCAGAAAAAACCCAAAUAGACGAUACCCCUCAAACGUCGACACAAUUUUUCACAGACUCCAGCCACGCAAUAGAUAUCUCGUCACUCACGUCAAUUGACGAAACCACACAUCUUCUGGCCACCGUAUAUAGAAAUGAAUAUACUAUCGACGACGAUGAACCGGAGUUUGAAAACGAAUUUUUUCGGUAUUGUGUGAAGUGCUUUGAACUAUUAUCACUAUAUUUCGUUUUCAUGAUUGCUAUGAUACCUCUGAUGUUGUUAGCGAUUUGGUUUAGUCAGUUAUUUUGGUAUUAUCAAAUUGUCAUUGUAGCUUUGGUGGUGAUUUAUUUUUAUAGUUAUAGAAAGUAUAGGAGACAGUAUGAGGAUUGA